AGAUUACGGUAGACAAGCCGGACAUCCUGGGCGGGAAACCAAGGAGGGAUGGAGGGAGAGAGCGAGCACGAGGAAAUCUAUACGGCACGCAACGAGCCUUUAAUCCUGGUUGACGGACAGGCCGAGGUUUUGCGUGGUGGAGGGGAUGAUGAUAACACAGCCCCCCCUGCGAUCCACGUCACUGAGGAGAGGGGCCCCGACCAGUUGGAAGAUGCCAUUGUUUCUGCCCCAGCGGGGGGAACCACGAGUGUCAUCGACAAUGAGCUGGACGCACGCAGUCUGGGUGACGCAGAGACAUCGGCGUCAUCAUCACAGGCCCCUGACGUGGCCAUGGUCUCCCAUGAGGACCAAGACAACUGCCUCUCAUUGUCUGACGGGCUGCUGGAGGAACACACACUCCAGACUCAACCUUCGCCGCCACUGACUUCACAUUUCAACGGAAUAGAGAAUCGAGUCUCAGAGCCCUGCUGGUAUUGCCUGAGGUCUCUUGAGCCAGAGCAUCGCCCUCAUGAUCCUGGACAGCCUGACGUGAUGGUGUUGCAACAGGACUACAAUUCUGUGACACCAGUGCCCCCCAGUGGCCAGAAAGUGAACUACCAGACAGACCCGCGGCCUCACUUUGGCGUGGCCUACUCCUCCCGCUCCACCGCACUCCCCCUGUGGGGGAGCGAGGGUCCGAGCUGGGUCAUCCGGAACCAGGACCUGGUGGAUCAGAAUGACACCUGCCCUCACUGCCAUAUAGCACUACCCCCAGACACACUGCGCUGGCAUGAGGCAAAAUGUUUGCUCUUUGAUGGAUUCAAGAGUAUAGUAAACAAUUAAAUCUCCUGUGGGAUGAAGCUUUCUCAUGUAUCCUGAUCGAUUUCACACGCCUAAAGGAUGCUGUAUACUCCUCAGGAAACACAUCCAUGACAUCCUUGUACAAAAGAGUAUUUUUUUUUAACUAGGAUUGCAGAGGACAUUGUCUGUUAUUCGCUUUGUUUUCAAUGUAUUAGUCACGGACACCAAUA